CUCUCUCUCUCUCUCUCUCUCUCUCUCCUCCUCCUCCUCCUCCUCCUCCACACAUACACAGACCUCGAGAGAGUGUGAAAGGCGAAGAACAACGCGUCGUUGGGAUCUACUCUACUCUAAGAUCAAUGUUGGAGCGUCUCGAGGAUCUGAAAACCCAAACUCAAGCUUGGAUCUUCAUCUCCGACCUCCAUAGGCGUCGGCGACUCACAGGUGGUCUGACCGGAAUGCCGAGCAACGAUGACGGGGAAGGCAAAGCCGAAGAAGCAUGUGGCAAUGGAGAUCCAGGUGAAGAUCGACGCGUCUACAACAAAUCGCCGAAGCGGGAAGGUCGGAAUCGCUGACCGGACCGAGUAGGAAAACGGCGGACACGCCAAGUACGAGUGCCCUCACUCCAAGAUAACGGCGUUGGACGUAACGUCGAGGCACCACGACUCGAAGCAUCCGAAGAAUCUAAGAUGUCCAACUGAAAAGAAUUGGCCCAAAAUGGUACCGUGGUGUUCGCCGGCAUGGCUUGAUAAUGGGGUGUUCUGUAACAGGCGUUAAGCCUGCAUUGGGGAUUCUCCUUUACAGUGGGGCUAUAGGUAUUGAAAGACUGCCUUUCAAACCAGAGGGGUACAAUUUUUGGACUUGGAGAGGUCAUAAAAUUCAUUAUGUCGUGCAAGGAGAAGGGCAUGCUGUUCUUCUUAUUCAUGGUUUUGGUGCUUCUUCAUUUCACUGGAGGUCUAACAUACCAGAGUUGGCUAAAAAAUACAAGGUUUAUGCUAUAGACUUGCUGGGCUUCGGUUGGAGUGAAAAAGCACUGGUUGAAUAUGAUGCCAUGAUUUGGAAAGAUCAAGUAGUGGACUUCUUGAAGGAGAUAGUGAAAGAACCAACAGUUUUGGGUUCUGUGUUGGGUUUUUGCAGGGGACGAUUACAAGAUUAAAGUUUGGAACUACAAGAUGCAUAGAUGUUUUUUUUACUCUUCUCGGGCAUCUAGAUUAUAUUCGUCCCGUGCAAUCUCACUUUUUUUAUGCUUGAAGCUUUGUUGAAAGAUUUGUACAAUGAUGUAAGUUUUAUAAUGGUCUAUGCUACAUGUGCUCUAUGCACUAUAGUCAUUCUCAUUAAGGUUUAUGAACCAUUCAUUUGAAGGCAA